AUCGACAUUAAUCGAAAAUAUACCUACAAAACGUACAUCACCAUCCCAAAAGCUAUACGAAUAAAUUCAUAAUAAAUUAAUAUUUUCAAGUGGCUAAGUGGCGAAUUUGUUUAUGAUGUCGAGCUCCAUUAUGGAGUGCAAAGGCGACAUUGCCGACGCUGAGUGGCAAUUUUGGUGCCGACUGUGUUCCAAAGAUGAUGUACGAAAUAUCAACAUACUCCCAGAGGGGAAUCGAACACAAGCCAUAACUUCUUCGAGCUCUUUGAUGGAUUUCAUAGCGGAAUUUUUUAAAAUUCAAAUUGAGGAAGAUGCUAAACUACCACACUGGCUUUGUGCACAGUGCUUCUCAUUAAUUACAUUGCUUUCCAAAUACACAAUCCAAGUGAAAAAAGUGCACAACAUGUAUAACGAAAUUCAGAAGGCUACUAAUCGAAAAAAUCUUAACCUGAGAGCAUUCCGUGAAAAAUAUAACUUGCUGGAUGAUGAUCUAUUUAUUUUUAGUUUAUCAGAUAUAAAAUUGACAAACGAAAAUAUUUUCAUGCCCGACGUCGUCGAAAUAACGGAGCACAUGAUAAAGAAUGAAGUAUUAACAGACGAAGUGCAAAGUGGUACAUUUUUUGAAAAUGUCGAAUACAAAAGUGAAUUCCAGGAUCCGUUCGGUGAUGUGAUGGAAAAACAAUCUGGUGAAGCGGAUAGUAUUAAUUCUGGUAAAGUAUGUAAGGAUGUAAAAAGCGAAAAGGCCGAAAGCGAUAAAAAGAAACAGAAGCAUCAGGAAAAAGGUCUCUUUAUAUGUCAGCAAUGUAAUAAAAAUUUCAAAAACACGUCUCACUUAAAUCGUCAUAUAAGGUCACAUCACCCUUCAUGUGCACCAAAGCAUCAAAAGAAAAAAAUCAUAAACAGAGCGAAGCAAACAACUAGGAAGUCUAAAUACAACUGCAGCGUGUGUUCGAUGAAUUUUCUUCGGAUCGGUAAUUAUCACAUCCAUAUGAAGAAAUCUCAUGGCAUUGUUAAAACAGAUGACCCACCUAUUUCAUGUCCACAAUGUAGUAGAACUUUCAAACGCAGUUUUGAAUUAAAUCGUCACAUUAGAACUCAUCGUCCGAUGGCGGAGAAGCGAAUAUUUCCAUGCCCGCAAUGUGAAAGAAAAUUCCAAACGAAAGAUUACGUUGCUAGACAUAUAAAAUAUGUCCACGAGAAUAUACGUCCCUUCAUUUGUGAAGAAUGUGGUGAAGGUGCAUGUACGGAAGCUGCCUUGCGAGAGCAUAUGCUCACACAUACCAACAAUGCACCCUUUAUCUGUGAAGUGUGUGAGAAAGGCUUCAAAAAUCAAUCACGUCUGCGGAAUCACAUGGAGAUACACAGUAACAAUAAACACACGUGCGGCGAAUGUGGCUUACAAUUAAAUUCUCGAGUAACACUAAAUCGUCAUAUGCUUGUACAUUCGGAUGUAAUGAGUCAUAAGUGCGACUACUGUGGGCGGGAAUUUAAACGUGCUAAAACAUUAAAAGCGCACUUAAUACUGCAUAGUGGCUUAAGGCCUUAUUCUUGUGACUUUUGCGACAGGACCUUCGCUAACGGUGCCAAUUGUCGUACACACAAAAAGAAGUCACAUCCGGAAGAGUUAGCUGCACAGGAGGCUUCCGGAGAAAAGCAAUUCACGAAAAACAUACCCAAAUUGGCUGUUUUAAAGACAGUAACACGUUCGGCUGAAAAUCUUGUACCUGUGGUAUCUAAGCAAAGUGGUAACUUUUCAAGUGGGGAAAAGCUGAAACCACAUCCUCAAGCAGAAUCUCUACCACAACCCCGGCCCAACUACAACGAAACUCAAAUUUUCACUAAUCUUACAAAAAGGAUUUAAUUUUAUUGUUCUUAACUAAUUUAUGUCGAAAAUUGCCUUAGUUUUAGUUAAAAUUUAAAUACAGAUUUAAUAAUUAUUGGUGAUA